AUGCUCCAAGUGCAACACUCACAUGCCCCUCUCGCAACACUCACAUGCUCCAAGUGCAACACUCACAUGCCCCUCUCGCAACACUCACAUGCUCCAAGUGCAACACUCACAUGCCCCUCUCGCAACACUCACAUGCUCCAUGUGCAACACUCACAUGCCCCUCUCGCAACACUCACAUGCCCCUCUCGCAACACUCACAUGCCCCUCUCGCAACACUCACAUGCCCCUCUCGCAACACUCACAUGCCCCUCUCGCAACACUCACAUGCCCCUCUCGCAACACUCACAUGCCCCUCUCGCAACACUCACAUGCCCCUCUCGCAACACUCACAUGCCCCUCUCGCAACACUCACAUGCCCCUCUCGCAACACUCACAUGCCCCUCUCGCAACACUCACAUGCCCCUCUCGCAACACUCACAUGCCCCUCUCGCAACACUCACAUGCUCCAAGUGCAACACUCACAUGCCCCUCUCGCAACACUCACAUGCCCCUCUCGCAACACUCACAUGCCCCUCUCGCAACACUCACAUGCCCCUCUCGCAACACUCACAUGCUCCAAGUGCAACACUCACAUGCCCCUCUCGCAACACUCACAUGCUCCAAGUGCAACACUCACAUGCCCCUCUCGCAACACUCACAUGCUCCAUGUGCAACACUCACAUGCCCCUCUCGCAACACUCACAUGCCCCUCUCGCAACACUCACAUGCCCCUCUCGCAACACUCACAUGCCCCUCUCGCAACACUCACAUGCUCCUCUCGCAACACUCACAUGCUCCAAGUGCAACACUCACAUGCCCCUCAUCGCAACACUCACAUGCUCCAAGUGCAACACUCACAUGCCCCUCUCGCAACACUCACAUGCUCCAUGUGCAACACUCACAUGCCCCUCUCGCAACACUCACAUGCCCCUCUCGCAACACUCACAUGCCCCUCUCGCAACACUCACAUGCCCCUCUCGCAACACUCACAUGCCCCUCUCGCAACACUCACAUGCCCCUCUCGCAACACUCACAUGCUCCAAGUGCAACACUCACAUGCCCCUCUCGCAACACUCACAUGCUCCAAGUGCAACACUCACAUGCCCCUCUCGCAACACUCACAUGCCCCUCUCGCAACACUCACAUGCCCCUCUCGCAACACUCACAUGCCCCUCUCGCAACACUCACAUGCCCCUCUCGCAACACUCACAUGCCCCUCUCGCAACACUCACAUGCCCCUCUCGCAACACUCACAUGCUCCAAGUGCAACACUCACAUGCCCCUCUCGCAACACUCACAUGCUCCAAGUGCAACACUCACAUGCCCCUCUCGCAACACUCACAUGCUCCAAGUGCAACACUCACAUGCCCCUCUCGCAACACUCACAUGCCCCUCUCGCAACACUCACAUGCCCCUCUCGCAACACUCACAUGCCCCUCUCGCAACACUCACAUGCCCCUCUCGCAACACUCACAUGCCCUCUCGCAACACUCACAUGCCCCUCUCGCAAUACUCACAUGCCCCUCUCGCAACACUCACAUGCCCCUCUCGCAACACUCACAUGCCCCUCUCGCAACACUCACAUGCCCCUCUCGCAACACUCACAUGCCCCUCUCGCAACACUCACAUGCCCCUCUCGCAACACUCACAUGCCCCUCUCGCAACACUCACAUGCCCCUCUCGCAACACUCACAUGCCCCUCUCGCAACACUCACAUGCCCCUCUCGCAACACUCACAUGCCCCUCUCGCAACACUCACAUGCCCCUCUCGCAACACUCACAUGCCCCUCUCGCAACACUCACAUGCCCCUCUCGCAACACUCACAUGCCCCUCUCGCAACACUCACAUGCCCCUCUCGCAACACUCACAUGCCCCUCUCGCAACACUCACAUGCUCCAAGUGCAACACUCACAUGCCCCUCUCGCAACACUCACAUGCCCCUCUCGCAACACUCACAUGCCCCUCUCGCAACACUCACAUGCCCCUCUCGCAACACUCACAUGCUCCAAGUGCAACACUCACAUGCCCCUCUCGCAACACUCACAUGCUCCAAGUGCAACACUCACAUGCCCCUCUCGCAACACUCACAUGCUCCAUGUGCAACACUCACAUGCCCCUCUCGCAACACUCACAUGCCCCUCUCGCAACACUCACAUGCCCCUCUCGCAACACUCACAUGCCCCUCUCGCAACACUCACAUGCCCCUCUCGCAACACUCACAUGCCCCUCUCGCAACACUCACAUGCUCCAAGUGCAACACUCACAUGCCCCUCUCGCAACACUCACAUGCUCCAAGUGCAACACUCACAUGCCCCUCUCGCAACACUCACAUGCCCCUCUCGCAACACUCACAUGCCCCUCUCGCAACACUCACAUGCCCCUCUCGCAACACUCACAUGCCCCUCUCGCAACACUCACAUGCCCCUCUCGCAACACUCACAUGCUCCAAGUGCAACACUCACAUGCCCCUCUCGCAACACUCACAUGCUCCAUGUGCAACACUCACAUGCCCCUCUCGCAACACUCACAUGCCCCUCUCGCAACACUCACAUGCCCCUCUCGCAACACUCACAUGCUCCAAGUGCAACACUCACAUGCCCCUCUCGCAACACUCACAUGCUCCAAGUGCAACACUCACAUGCCCCUCUCGCAACACUCACAUGCUCCAAGUGCAACACUCACAUGCCCCUCUCGCAACACUCACAUGCUCCAAGUGCAACACUCACAUGCCCCUCUCGCAACACUCACAUGCUCCAAGUGCAACACUCACAUGCCCCUCUCGCAACACUCACAUGCCCCUCUCGCAACACUCACAUGCCCCUCUCGCAACACUCACAUGCCCCUCUCGCAACACUCACAUGCCCCUCUCGCAACACUCACAUGCCCCUCUCGCAACACUCACAUGCCCCUCUCGCAACACUCACAUGCCCCUCUCGCAACACUCACAUGCCCCUCUCGCAACACUCACAUGCCCCUCUCGCAACACUCACAUGCCCCUCUCGCAACACUCACAUGCCCCUCUCGCAACACUCACAUGCCCCUCUCGCAACACUCACAUGCCCCUCUCGCAACACUCACAUGCCCCUCUCGCAACACUCACAUGCCCCUCUCGCAACACUCACAUGCUCCAAGUGCAACACUCACAUGCCCCUCUCGCAACACUCACAUGCCCCUCUCGCAACACUCACAUGCCCCUCUCGCAACACUCACAUGCCCCUCUCGCAACACUCACAUGCCCCUCUCGCAACACUCACAUGCCCCUCUCGCAACACUCACAUGCCCCUCUCGCAACACUCACAUGCCCCUCUCGCAACACUCACAUGCCCCUCUCGCAACACUCACAUGCUCCAAGUGCAACACUCACAUGCCCCUCUCGCAACACUCACAUGCCCCUCUCGCAACACUCACAUGCCCCUCUCGCAACACUCACAUGCCCCUCUCGCAACACUCACAUGCUCCAAGUGCAACACUCACAUGCCCCUCUCGCAACACUCACAUGCUCCAAGUGCAACACUCACAUGCCCCUCUCGCAACACUCACAUGCUCCAUGUGCAACACUCACAUGCCCCUCUCGCAACACUCACAUGCCCCUCUCGCAACACUCACAUGCCCCUCUCGCAACACUCACAUGCCCCUCUCGCAACACUCACAUGCCCCUCUCGCAACACUCACAUGCCCCUCUCGCAACACUCACAUGCUCCAAGUGCAACACUCACAUGCCCCUCUCGCAACACUCACAUGCUCCAAGUGCAACACUCACAUGCCCCUCUCGCAACACUCACAUGCCCCUCUCGCAACACUCACAUGCCCCUCUCGCAACACUCACAUGCCCCUCUCGCAACACUCACAUGCCCCUCUCGCAACACUCACAUGCCCCUCUCGCAACACUCACAUGCUCCAAGUGCAACACUCACAUGCCCCUCUCGCAACACUCACAUGCUCCAUGUGCAACACUCACAUGCCCCUCUCGCAACACUCACAUGCCCCUCUCGCAACACUCACAUGCCCCUCUCGCAACACUCACAUGCUCCAAGUGCAACACUCACAUGCCCCUCUCGCAACACUCACAUGCUCCAAGUGCAACACUCACAUGCCCCUCUCGCAACACUCACAUGCUCCAAGUGCAACACUCACAUGCCCCUCUCGCAACACUCACAUGCUCCAAGUGCAACACUCACAUGCCCCUCUCGCAACACUCACAUGCUCCAAGUGCAACACUCACAUGCCCCUCUCGCAACACUCACAUGCCCCUCUCGCAACACUCACAUGCCCCUCUCGCAACACUCACAUGCCCCUCUCGCAACACUCACAUGCCCCUCUCGCAACACUCACAUGCCCCUCUCGCAACACUCACAUGCCCCUCUCGCAACACUCACAUGCCCCUCUCGCAACACUCACAUGCCCCUCUCGCAACACUCACAUGCCCCUCUCGCAACACUCACAUGCCCCUCUCGCAACACUCACAUGCCCCUCUCGCAACACUCACAUGCCCCUCUCGCAACACUCACAUGCCCCUCUCGCAACACUCACAUGCCCCUCUCGCAACACUCACAUGCCCCUCUCGCAACACUCACAUGCCCCUCUCGCAACACUCACAUGCCCCUCUCGCAACACUCACAUGCUCCAAGUGCAACACUCACAUGCCCCUCUCGCAACACUCACAUGCCCCUCUCGCAACACUCACAUGCCCCUCUCGCAACACUCACAUGCCCCUCUCGCAACACUCACAUGCUCCAAGUGCAACACUCACAUGCCCCUCUCGCAACACUCACAUGCUCCAAGUGCAACACUCACAUGCCCCUCUCGCAACACUCACAUGCUCCAUGUGCAACACUCACAUGCCCCUCUCGCAACACUCACAUGCCCCUCUCGCAACACUCACAUGCCCCUCUCGCAACACUCACAUGCCCCUCUCGCAACACUCACAUGCCCCUCUCGCAACACUCACAUGCCCCUCUCGCAACACUCACAUGCUCCAAGUGCAACACUCACAUGCCCCUCUCGCAACACUCACAUGCUCCAAGUGCAACACUCACAUGCCCCUCUCGCAACACUCACAUGCCCCUCUCGCAACACUCACAUGCCCCUCUCGCAACACUCACAUGCCCCUCUCGCAACACUCACAUGCCCCUCUCGCAACACUCACAUGCCCCUCUCGCAACACUCACAUGCUCCAAGUGCAACACUCACAUGCCCCUCUCGCAACACUCACAUGCUCCAAGUGCAACACUCACAUGCCCCUCUCGCAACACUCACAUGCUCCAUGUGCAACACUCACAUGCCCCUCUCGCAACACUCACAUGCCCCUCUCGCAACACUCACAUGCCCCUCUCGCAACACUCACAUGCUCCAAGUGCAACACUCACAUGCCCCUCUCGCAACACUCACAUGCUCCAAGUGCAACACUCACAUGCCCCUCUCGCAACACUCACAUGCCCCUCUCGCAACACUCACAUGCCCCUCUCGCAACACUCACAUGCCCCUCUCGCAACACUCACAUGCUCCAAGUGCAACACUCACAUGCCCCUCUCGCAACACUCACAUGCUCCAAGUGCAACACUCACAUGCCCCUCUCGCAACACUCACAUGCCCCUCUCGCAACACUCACAUGCCCCUCUCGCAACACUCACAUGCCCCUCUCGCAACACUCACAUGCCCCUCUCGCAACACUCACAUGCCCCUCUCGCAACACUCACAUGCCCCUCUCGCAACACUCACAUGCCCCUCUCGCAACACUCACAUGCCCCUCUCGCAACACUCACAUGCCCCUCUCGCAACACUCACAUGCCCCUCUCGCAACACUCACAUGCCCCUCUCGCAACACUCACAUGCCCCUCUCGCAACACUCACAUGCCCCUCUCGCAACACUCACAUGCCCCUCUCGCAACACUCACAUGCCCCUCUCGCAACACUCACAUGCCCCUCUCGCAACACUCACAUGCCCCUCUCGCAACACUCACAUGCCCCUCUCGCAACACUCACAUGCCCCUCUCGCAACACUCACAUGCUCCAAGUGCAACACUCACAUGCCCCUCUCGCAACACUCACAUGCCCCUCUCGCAACACUCACAUGCCCCUCUCGCAACACUCACAUGCCCCUCUCGCAACACUCACAUGCUCCAAGUGCAACACUCACAUGCCCCUCUCGCAACACUCACAUGCUCCAAGUGCAACACUCACAUGCCCCUCUCGCAACACUCACAUGCUCCAUGUGCAACACUCACAUGCCCCUCUCGCAACACUCACAUGCCCCUCUCGCAACACUCACAUGCCCCUCUCGCAACACUCACAUGCCCCUCUCGCAACACUCACAUGCCCCUCUCGCAACACUCACAUGCCCCUCUCGCAACACUCACAUGCUCCAAGUGCAACACUCACAUGCCCCUCUCGCAACACUCACAUGCUCCAAGUGCAACACUCACAUGCCCCUCUCGCAACACUCACAUGCCCCUCUCGCAACACUCACAUGCCCCUCUCGCAACACUCACAUGCCCCUCUCGCAACACUCACAUGCCCCUCUCGCAACACUCACAUGCUCCAAGUGCAACACUCACAUGCCCCUCUCGCAACACUCACAUGCUCCAAGUGCAACACUCACAUGCCCCUCUCGCAACACUCACAUGCUCCAAGUGCAACACUCACAUGCCCCUCUCGCAACACUCACAUGCUCCAUGUGCAACACUCACAUGCCCCUCUCGCAACACUCACAUGCCCCUCUCGCAACACUCACAUGCCCCUCUCGCAACACUCACAUGCUCCAAGUGCAACACUCACAUGCCCCUCUCGCAACACUCACAUGCUCCAAGUGCAACACUCACAUGCCCCUCUCGCAACACUCACAUGCUCCAAGUGCAACACUCACAUGCCCCUCUCGCAACACUCACAUGCCCCUCUCGCAACACUCACAUGCCCCUCUCGCAACACUCACAUGCUCCAAUGCAACACUCACAUGCCCCUCUCGCAACACUCACAUGCCCCUCUCGCAACACUCACAUGCCCCUCUCGCAACACUCACAUGCCCCUCUCGCAACACUCACAUGCCCCUCUCGCAACACUCACAUGCCCCUCUCGCAACACUCACAUGCCCCUCUCGCAACACUCACAUGCCCCUCUCGCAACACUCACAUGCCCCUCUCGCAACACUCACAUGCCCCUCUCGCAACACUCACAUGCUCCAAGUGCAACACUCACAUGCCCCUCUCGCAACACUCACAUGCCCCUCUCGCAACACUCACAUGCCCCUCUCGCAACACUCACAUGCCCCUCUCGCAACACUCACAUGCCCCUCUCGCAACACUCACAUGCUCCAAGUGCAACACUCACAUGCCCCUCUCGCAACACUCACAUGCUCCAAGUGCAACACUCACAUGCCCCUCUCGCAACACUCACAUGCUCCAUGUGCAACACUCACAUGCCCCUCUCGCAACACUCACAUGCCCCUCUCGCAACACUCACAUGCCCCUCUCGCAACACUCACAUGCCCCUCUCGCAACACUCACAUGCCCCUCUCGCAACACUCACAUGCCCCUCUCGCAACACUCACAUGCUCCAAGUGCAACACUCACAUGCCCCUCUCGCAACACUCACAUGCUCCAAGUGCAACACUCACAUGCCCCUCUCGCAACACUCACAUGCUCCAAGUGCAACACUCACAUGCCCCUCUCGCAACACUCACAUGCCCCUCUCGCAACACUCACAUGCCCCUCUCGCAACACUCACAUGCCCCUCUCGCAACACUCACAUGCCCCUCUCGCAACACUCACAUGCCCCUCUCGCAACACUCACAUGCCCCUCUCGCAACACUCACAUGCCCCUCUCGCAACACUCACAUGCCCCUCUCGCAACACUCACAUGCCCCUCUCGCAACACUCACAUGCUCCAAGUGCAACACUCACAUGCCCCUCUCGCAACACUCACAUGCCCCUCUCGCAACACUCACAUGCCCCUCUCGCAACACUCACAUGCCCCUCUCGCAACACUCACAUGCCCCUCUCGCAACACUCACAUGCCCCUCUCGCAACACUCACAUGCCCCUCUCGCAACACUCACAUGCCCCUCUCGCAACACUCACAUGCCCCUCUCGCAACACUCACAUGCCCCUCUCGCAACACUCACAUGCCCCUCUCGCAACACUCACAUGCCCCUCUCGCAACACUCACAUGCCCCUCUCGCAACACUCACAUGCCCCUCUCGCAACACUCACAUGCCCCUCUCGCAACACUCACAUGCCCCUCUCGCAACACUCACAUGCCCCUCUCGCAACACUCACAUGCCCCUCUCGCAACACUCACAUGCCCCUCUCGCAACACUCACAUGCCCCUCUCGCAACACUCACAUGCCCCUCUCGCAACACUCACAUGCCCCUCUCGCAACACUCACAUGCCCCUCUCGCAACACUCACAUGCCCCUCGCCCCCUCUCGCAACACUCACAUGCCCCUCUCGCAACACUCACAUGCCCCUCUCGCAACACUCACAUGCCCCUCUCGCAACACUCACAUGCCCCUCUCGCAACACUCACAUGCCCCUCUCGCAACACUCACAUGCCCCUCUCGCAACACUCACAUGCCCCUCUCGCAACACUCACAUGCCCCUCUCGCAACACUCACAUGCCCCUCUCGCAACACUCACAUGCCCCUCUCGCAACACUCACAUGCCCCUCUCGCAACACUCACAUGCCCCUCUCGCAACACUCACAUGCCCCUCUCGCAACACUCACAUGCCCCUCUCGCAACACUCACAUGCCCCUCUCGCAACACUCACAUGCCCCUCUCGCAACACUCACAUGCCCCUCUCGCAACACUCACAUGCCCCUCUCGCAACACUCACAUGCCCCUCUCGCAACACUCACAUGCCCCUCUCGCAACACUCACAUGCCCCUCUCGCAACACUCACAUGCCCCUCUCGCAACACUCACAUGCCCCUCUCGCAACACUCACAUGCCCCUCUCGCAACACUCACAUGCCCCUCUCGCAACACUCACAUGCCCCUCUCGCAACACUCACAUGCCCCUCUCGCAACACUCACAUGCCCCUCUCGCAACACUCACAUGCCCCUCUCGCAACACUCACAUGCCCCUCUCGCAACACUCACAUGCCCUCUCGCAACACUCACAUGCCCCUCUCGCAACACUCACAUGCCCCUCUCGCAACACUCACAUGCCCCUCUCGCAACACUCACAUGCCCCUCUCGCAACACUCACAUGCCCCUCUCGCAACACUCACAUGCCCCUCUCGCAACACUCACAUGCCCCUCUCGCAACACUCACAUGCCCCUCUCGCAACACUCACAUGCCCCUCUCGCAACACUCACAUGCCCCUCUCGCAACACUCACAUGCCCCUCUCGCAACACUCACAUGCCCCUCUCGCAACACUCACAUGCCCCUCUCGCAACACUCACAUGCCCCUCUCGCAACACUCACAUGCCCCUCUCGCAACACUCACAUGCCCCUCUCGCAACACUCACAUGCCCCUCUCGCAACACUCACAUGCCCCUCUCGCAACACUCACAUGCCCCUCUCGCAACACUCACAUGCCCCUCUCGCAACACUCACAUGCCCCUCUCGCAAACACUCACAUGCCCCUCUCGCAACACUCACAUGCCCCUCUCGCAACACUCACAUGCCAUGCCCUCUCGCAACACUCACAUGCCCCUCUCGCAACACUCACAUGCCCCUCUCGCAACACUCACAUGCCCCUCUCGCAACACUCACAUGCCCCUCUCGCAACACUCACAUGCCCCUCUCGCAACACUCACAUGCCCCUCUCGCAACACUCACAUGCCCCUCUCGCAACACUCACAUGCCCCUCUCGCAACACUCACAUGCCCCUCUCGCAACACUCACAUGCCCCUCUCGCAACACUCACAUGCCCCUCUCGCAACACUCACAUGCCCCUCUCGCAACACUCACAUGCCCCUCUCGCAACACUCACAUGCCCCUCUCGCAACACUCACAUGCCCCUCUCGCAACACUCACAUGCCCCUCUCGCAACACUCACAUGCCCCUCUCGCAACACUCACAUGCCCCUCUCGCAACACUCACAUGCCCCUCUCGCAACACUCACAUGCCCCUCUCGCAACACUCACAUGCCCCUCUCGCAACACUCACAUGCCCCUCUCGCAACACUCACAUGCCCCUCUCGCAACACUCACAUGCCCCUCUCGCAACACUCACAUGCCCCUCUCGCAACACUCACAUGCCCCUCUCGCAACACUCACAUGCCCCUCUCGCAACACUCACAUGCCCCUCUCGCAACACUCACAUGCCCCUCUCGCAACACUCACAUGCCCCUCUCGCAACACUCACAUGCCCCUCUCGCAACACUCACAUGCCCCUCUCGCAACACUCACAUGCCCCUCUCGCAACACUCACAUGCCCCUCUCGCAACACUCACAUGCCCCUCUCGCAACACUCACAUGCCCCUCUCGCAACACUCACAUGCCCCUCUCGCAACACUCACAUGCCCCUCUCGCAACACUCACAUGCCCCUCUCGCAACACUCACAUGCCCCUCUCGCAACACUCACAUGCCCCUCUCGCAACACUCACAUGCCCCUCUCGCAACACUCACAUGCCCCUCUCGCAACACUCACAUGCCCCUCUCGCAACACUCACAUGCCCCUCUCGCAACACUCACAUGCCCCUCUCGCAACACUCACAUGCCCCUCUCGCAACACUCACAUGCCCCUCUCGCAAACACUCACAUGCCCCUCUCGCAACACUCACAUGCCCCUCUCGCAACACUCACAUGCCCCUCUCGCAACACUCACAUGCCCCUCUCGCAACACUCACAUGCCCCUCUCGCAACACUCACAUGCCCCUCUCGCAACACUCACAUGCCCCUCUCGCAACACUCACAUGCCCCUCUCGCAACACUCACAUGCCCCUCUCGCAACACUCACAUGCCCCUCUCGCAACACUCACAUGCCCCUCUCGCAACACUCACAUGCCCCUCUCGCAACCUCCACAUGCCCCUCUCGCAACACUCACAUGCCCCUCUCGCAACACUCACAUGCCCCUCUCGCAACACUCACAUGCCCCUCUCGCAACACUCACAUGCCCCUCUCGCAACACUCACAUGCCCCUCUCGCAACACUCACAUGCCCCUCUCGCAACACUCACAUGCCCCUCUCGCAACACUCACAUGCCCCUCUCGCAACACUCACAUGCCCCUCUCGCAACACUCACAUGCCCCUCUCGCAACACUCACAUGCCCCUCUCGCAACACUCACAUGCCAUGCCCCUCUCGCAACACUCACAUGCCCCUCUCGCAACACUCACAUGCCCCUCUCGCAACACUCACAUGCCCCUCUCGCAACACUCACAUGCCCCUCUCGCAACACUCACAUGCCCCUCUCGCAACACUCACAUGCCCCUCUCGCAACACUCACAUGCCCCUCUCGCAACACUCACAUGCCCCUCUCGCAACACUCACAUGCCCCUCUCGCAACACUCACAUGCCCCUCUCGCAACACUCACAUGCCCCUCUCGCAACACUCACAUGCCCCUCUCGCAACACUCACAUGCCCCUCUCGCAACACUCACAUGCCCCUCUCGCAACACUCACAUGCCCCUCUCGCAACACUCACAUGCCCCUCUCGCAACACUCACAUGCCCUCUCGCAACACUCACAUGCCCCCUCUCGCACACUCACAUGCCCCUCUCGCAACACUCACAUGCCCCUCUCGCAACACUCACAUGCCCCUCUCGCAACACUCACAUGCCCCUCUCGCAACACUCACAUGCCCCCUCUCGCAACACUCACAUGCCCCUCUCGCAACACUCACAUGCCCCUCUCGCAACACUCACAUGCCCCUCUCGCAACACUCACAUGCCCCUCUCGCAACACUCACAUUGCCCCUCUCGCAACACUCACAUGCCCCUCUCGCAACACUCACAUGCCCCUCUCGCAACACUCACAUGCCCCUCUCGCAACACUCACAUGCCCCUCUCGCAACACUCACAUGCCCUCUCGCAACCACUCACAUGCCCCUCUCUGCAACACUCACAUGCCCCUCUCGCAACACUCACAUGCCCCUCUCGCAACACUCACAUGCCCCUCUCGCAACACUCAUAUCCCCCCCCCCCACCAUGCCCCUCUCGCAACACUCACAUGCCCCUCUCGCAACACUCACAUGCCCCUCUCGCAACACUCACAUGCCCCUCUCGCAACACUCACAUGCCCCUCUCGCAACACUCACAUGCCCUCUCGCAACACUCACAUGCCCCCUCUCGCAACACUCACACUGCCCCUCUCGCAACACUCACAUGCCCCUCUCGCCAACCACUCACAUGCCCCUCUCGCAACACUCACAUGCCCCUCUCGCAACACUCACAUGCCCCCUCUCGCAACACUCACAUGCCCUCUCGCAACACUCACCUGCCCUCCGCACACUCACAUGCCCCUCUCGCGAAACACUCACAUGCCCCUCUCGCAACACUCACAUGCCCCUCGCGCAACACUCACAUGCCCCUCUCGCAACACUCCCACAGACCCCUCUCGCAACACUCACAUGCCCCCUCUCGCAACACUCACAUGCCCCUCUCGCAACACUCACAUGCCCCUCUCGCAACACUCACAUGCCCCUCUCGCAACACUCACAUGCCCCUCUCGCACACUCACAUGCCCUCUCCACCUCCAUGCCCCUCUCGCAACACUCACAUGCCCCUCUCGCAACACUCACAUGCCCCUCUCGCAACACUCACAUGCCCUCUCGCAACACUCACAUGCCCCUCUCGCAACACUCACAUGCCCCUCUCGCAACACUCACAUGCCCCUCUCGCAACAACUCACAUGCCCCUCUCGCAACACUCACAUGCCCCUCUCGCAACACUCACAUGCCCCUCUCGCAACACUCACAUGCCCCUCUCGCAACACUCACAUGCCCCUCUCGCAACACUCACAUGCCCCUCUCGCAACACUCACAUGCCCCUCUCGCAACACUCACAUGCCCCUCUCGCAACACUCACAUGCCCCUCUCGCAACACUCACAUGCCCUCUCGCAACACUCACAUGCCCCUCUCGCAACACUCACAUGCCCCUCUCGCAACACUCACAUGCCCCUCUCGCAACACUCACAUGCCCCUCUCGCAACACUCACAUGCCCCUCUCGCAACACUCACAUGCCCCUCUCGCAACACUCACAUGCCCCUCUCGCAACACUCACAUGCCCCUCUCGCAACACUCACAUGCCCCUCUCGCAACACUCACAUGCACCCCUCUCGCACACUCACAUGCCCCUCUCGCACACUCACAUGCCCCUCUCGCAACACUCACAUGCCCCCUCGCAACACUCACACACGAUGCCCCUCUCGCACACAUCACAUGCCCCUCUCGCACACUCACAUGCCCCUCUCGCAACACUCACAUGCCCCUCUCGCAACACUCACAUGCCCCUCUCGCAACACUCACAUGCCCCUCUCGAAACACUCACAUGCCCCUCUCGCAACACUCACAUGCCGCUCUCGCAACACCGUCACCAUGCCCCUCUCGCAACACUCACAUGCCCUCUCGCAACACUCACAUACCCCUCCUCGCAACACUCACAUGCCCCUCUCGCACACUCACAUGCCCCUCUCGCAACCUCACAUGCCCCUCUCGCAACACUCACAUGCCCUCUCGCAACACUCACAUGCCCCUCUCGCAAACACUCACAGUGCCCUCUCGCAACACUCACAUGCCCCUCUCGCAACACUCACAUGCCCCUCUCGCAACACUCACAUGCCCCUCUCGCAACACUCACAUGCCCCCUCUCGCAACACUCACAUGCCCCUCUCGCAACACUCACAUGCCCCUCUCGCAACACUCACAUGCCCCUCUCGCAACACUCACAUGCCCCUCUCGCAACACUCACAUGCCCCUCUCGCAACACUCACAUGCCCCUCUCGCAACACUACAUGCCCCUCUCGCAACACUCACAUGCCCCUCUCGCAACACUCACAUGCCCCUCUCGCAACACUCACAUGCCCCUCUCGCAACACUCACAUGCCCCUCUCGCAACACUCACAUGCCCCUCUCGCAACACUCACAUGCCCCUCUCGCAACACUCACAUGCCCCUCUCGCAACACUCACAUGCCCCUCUCGCAACACUCACAUGCCCCCCUCGCAACACUCACAUGCCCCUCUCGCAACACUCACAUGCCCCUCUCGCAACACUCACAUGCCCCUCUCGCAACACUCACAUGCCCCUCUCGCAACACUCACAUGCCCCUCUCGCAACACUCACAUGCCCCUCUCGCAACACUCACAUGCCCCUCUCGCAACACUCACAUGCCCCUCUCGCAACACUCACAUGCCCUCUCGCAACACUCACAUGCCCCUCUCGCAACACUCACAUGCCCCUCUCGCAACACUCACAUGCCCCUCUCGCAACACUCACAUGCCCCCUCUCGCAACACUCACAUGCCCCUCUCGCAACACUCACAUGCCCCUCUCGCAACACUCACAUGCCCCUCUCGCAACACUCACAUGCCCCUCUCGCAACACUCACAUGCCCCUCUCGCAACACUCACAUGCCCCUCUCGCAACACUCACAUGCCCCUCUCGCAACACUCACAUGCCCCUCUCGCAACACUCACAUGCCCCUCUCGCAACACUCACAUGCCCCUCUCGCAACACUCACAUGCCCCUCUCGCAACACUCACAUGCCCCUCUCGCAACACUCACAUGCCCCUCUCGCAACACUCACAUGCCCCUCUCGCAACACUCACAUGCCCCUCUCGCAACACUCACAUGCCCCUCUCGCAACCACUCACAUGCCCCUCUCGCAACACUCACAUGCCCCUCUCGCAACACUCACAUGCCCCUCUCGCAACACUCACAUGCCCCUCUCGCAACACUCACAUGCCCCUCUCGCAACACUCACAUGCCCCUCUCGCAACACUCACAUGCCCCUCUCGCAACACUCACAUGCCCUCUCGCAACACUCACAUGCCCCUCUCGCAACACUCACAUGCCCCUCUCGCAACAAUCACAUGCCCCUCUCGCAACACUCACAUGCCCCUCUCGCAACACUCACAUGCCCCUCUCGCAACACUCACAUGCCCCUCUCGCAACACUCACAUGCCCCUCUCGCAACACUCACAUGCCCCUCUCGCAACACUCACAUGCCCUCUCGCAACACUCACAUGCCCCUCUCGCAACACUCACAUGCCCCUCUCGCAACACUCACAUGCCCCUCUCGCAACACUCACAUGCCCCUCUCGCAACACUCACAUGCCCCUCUCGCAACACUCACAUGCCCCUCUCGCAACACUCACAUGCCCCUCUCGCAACACUCACAUGCCCCUCUCGCAACACUCACAUGCCCCUCUCGCAACACUCACAUGCCCCUCUCGCAAACACUCACAUGCCCCUCUCGCACACUCACAUGCCCCUCUCGCAACACUCACAUGCCCCUCUCGCAACACUCACAUGCCCCUCUCGCAACACUCACAUGCCCCUCUCGCAACACUCACAUGCCCCUCUCGCAACACUCACAUGCCCCUCUCGCAACACUCACAUGCCCCUCUCGCAACACUCACAUGCCCCUCUCGCAACACUCACAUGCCCCUCUCGCAACACUCACAUGCCCCUCUCGCAACACUCACAUGCCCCUCUCGCAACACUCACAUGCCCCUCUCGCAACACUCACAUGCCCCUCUCGCAACACUCACAUGCCCCUCUCGCAACACUCACAUGCCCCUCUCGCAACACUCACAUGCCCCUCUCGCAACACUCACAUGCCCCUCUCGCAACACUCACAUGCCCCUCUCGCAACACUCACAUGCCCCUCUCGCAACACUCACAUGCCCCUCUCGCAACACUCACAUGCCCCUCUCGCAACACUCACAUGCCCCUCUCGCAACACUCACAUGCCCCUCUCGCAACACUCACAUGCCCCUCUCGCAACACUCACAUGCCCCUCUCGCAACACUCACAUGCCCCUCUCGCAACACUCACAUGCCCCUCUCGCAACACUCACAUGCCCCUCUCGCAACACUCACAUGCCCCUCUCGCAACACUCACAUGCCCCUCUCGCAACACUCACAUGCCCCUCUCGCAACACUCACAUGCCCCUCUCGCAACACUCACAUGCCCCUCUCGCAACACUCACAUGCCCCUCUCGCAACACUCACAUGCCCCUCUCGCAACACUCACAUGCCCCUCUCGCAACACUCACAUGCCCCUCUCGCAACACUCACAUGCCCCUCUCGCAACACUCACAUGCCCUCUCGCAACACUCACAUGCCCCUCUCGCAACACUCACAUGCCCCUCUCGCAACACUCACAUGCCCCUCUCGCAACACUCACAUGCCCCUCUCGCAACACUCACAUGCCCCUCUCGCAACACUCACAUGCCCCUCUCGCAACACUCACAUGCCCCUCUCGCAACACUCACAUGCCCCUCUCGCAACACUCACAUGCCCCUCUCGCAACACUCACAUGCCCCUCUCGCAACACUCACAUGCCCCUCUCGCAACACUCACAUGCCCCUCUCGCAACACUCACAUGCCCCUCUCGCAACACUCACAUGCCCCUCUCGCAACACUCACAUGCCCCUCUCGCAACACUCACAUGCCCCUCUCGCAACACUCACAUGCCCCUCUCGCAACACUCACAUGCCCCUCUCGCAACACUCACAUGCCCCUCUCGCAACACUCACAUGCCCCUCUCGCAACACUCACAUGCCCCUCUCGCAACACUCACAUGCCCCUCUCGCAACACUCACAUGCCCCUCUCGCAACACUCACAUGCCCCUCUCGCAACACUCACAUGCCCCUCUCGCAACACUCACAUGCCCCUCUCGCAACACUCACAUGCCCCUCUCGCAACACUCACAUGCUCGCAACACUCACAUGCCCCUCUCGCAACACUCACAUGCCCCUCUCGCAACACUCACAUGCCCCUCUCGCAACACUCACAUGCCCCUCUCGCAACACUCACAUGCCCCUCUCGCAACACUCACAUGCCCCUCUCGCAACACUCACAUGCCCCUCUCGCAACACUCACAUGCCCCUCUCGCAACACUCACAUGCCCCUCUCGCAACACUCACAUGCCCCUCUCGCAACACUCACAUGCCCCUCUCGCAACACUCACAUGCCCCUCUCGCAACACUCACAUGCCCCUCUCGCAACACUCACAUGCCCCUCUCGCAACACUCACAUGCCCCUCUCGCAACACUCACAUGCCCCUCUCGCAACACUCACAUGCCCCUCUCGCAACACUCACAUGCCCCUCUCGCAACACUCACAUGCCCCUCUCGCAACACUCACAUGCCCCUCUCGCAACACUCACAUGCCCCUCUCGCAAACACUCACAUGCCCCUCUCGCAACACUCACAUGCCCCUCUCGCAACACUCACAUGCCCCUCUCGCAACACUCACAUGCCCCUCUCGCAACACUCACAUGCCCCUCUCGCAACACUCACAUGCCCCUCUCGCAACACUCACAUGCCCCUCUCGCAACACUCACAUGCCCCUCUCGCAACACUCACAUGCCCCUCUCGCAACACUCACAUGCCCCUCGCCUCGCAACACUCACAUGCCCCUCUCGCAACACUCACAUGCCCCUCUCGCAACACUCACAUGCCCCUCUCGCAACACUCACAUGCCCCUCUCGCAACACUCACAUGCCCCUCUCGCAACACUCACAUGCCCCUCUCGCAACACUCACAUGCCCCUCUCGCAACACUCACAUGCCCCUCUCGCAACACUCACAUGCCCCUCUCGCAACACUCACAUGCCCCUCUCGCAACACUCACAUGCCCCUCUCGCAACACUCACAUGCCUCCUCUCCGCAACACUCACAUGCCCCUCUCGCAACACUCACAUGCCCCUCUCGCAACACUCACAUGCCCCUCUCGCAACACUCACAUGCCCCUCUCGCAACACUCACAUGCCCCUCUCGCAACACUCACAUGCCCCUCUCGCAACACUCACAUGCCCCUCUCGCAACACUCACAUGCCCCCUCUCGCAACACUCACAUGCCCCUCUCGCAACACUCACAUGCCCCUCUCGCAACACUCACAUGCCCCUCUCGAACACUCACAUGCCCUCUCGCAACACUCACAUGCCCUCUCGCAACACUCACAUGCCCCUCUCGCAACACUCACAUGCCCCUCUCGCAACACUCACAUGCCCCUCUCGCAACACUCACAUGCCCCUCUCGCAACACUCACAUGCCCCUCUCGCAACACUCACAUGCCCCUCUCGCAACACUCACAUGCCCCUCUCGCACACUCACAUGCCCCUCUCGCAACACUCACAUGCCCCUCUCGCAACACUCACAUGCCCCUCUCUGCAACACUCACAUGCCCCUCUCGCAACACUCACAUGCCCCUCUCGCAACACUCACAUGCCCCUCUCGCAACACUCAAAUGCCCUCUCGCAACACUCACAUGCCCCUCUCGCAACACUCACAUGCCCCUCUCGCAACACUCACAUGCCCCUCUCGCAACACUCACAUGCCCCUCUCGCAACACUCACAUGCCCCUCUCGCAACACUCACAUGCCCCUCUCGCAACACUCACAUGCCCCUCUCGCAACACUCACAUGCCCCUCUCGCAACACUCACAUGCCCCUCUCGCAACACUCACAUGCCCCUCUCGCAACACUCACAUGCCCCUCUCGCAACACUCACAUGCCCCUCUCGCAACACUCACAUGCCCCUCUCGCAACACUCACAUGCCCCUCUCGCAACACUCACAUGCCCCUCUCGCAACACUCACAUGCCCCUCUCGCAACACUCACAUGCCCCUCUCGCAACACUCACAUGCCCCUCUCGCAACACUCACAUGCCCCUCUCGCAACACUCACAUGCCCCUCUCGCAACACUCACAUGCCCCUCUCGCAAACACUCACAUGCCCCUCUCGCACACUCACAUGCCCCUCUCGCAACACUCACAUGCCCCUCUCGCAACACUCACAUGCCCCUCUCGCAACACUCACAUGCCCCUCUCGCAACACUCACAAUGCCCCUCUCGCAACACUCACAUGCCCCUCUCGCAACACUCACAUGCCCCUCUCGCAACACUCACAUGCCCCUCUCGCAACACUCACAUGCCCCUCUCGCAACACUCACAUGCCCCCUCUCGCAACACUCACAUGCCCCUCUCGCAACACUCACAUGCCCCUCUCGCAACACUCACAUGCCCCUCUCGCAACACUCACAUGCCCCUCUCGCAACACUCACAUGCCCCUCUCGCAACACUCACAUGCCCCUCUCGCAACACUCACAUGCCCCUCUCGCAACACUCACAUGCCCCUCUCGCAACACUCACAUGCCCCUCUCGCAACACUCACAUGCCCCUCUCGCAACACUCACAUGCCCCUCUCGCAACACUCACAUGCCCCUCUCGCAACACUCACAUGCCCCUCUCGCAACACUCACAUGCCCCUCUCGCAACACUCACAUGCCCCUCUCGCAACACUCACAUGCCCCUCUCGCAACACUCACAUGCCCCUCUCGCAACACUCACAUGCCCCUCUCGCAACACUCACAUGCCCCUCUCGCAACACUCACAUGCCCCUCUCGCAACACUCACAUGCCCCUCUCGCAACACUCACAUGCCCCUCUCGCAACACUCACAUGCCCCUCUCGCAACACUCACAUGCCCCUCUCGCAACACUCACAUGCCCCUCUCGCAACACUCACAUGCCCCUCUCGCAACACUCACAUGCCCCUCUCGCAACACUCACAUGCCCCUCUCGCAACACUCACAUGCCCCUCUCGCAACACUCACAUGCCCCUCUCGCAACACUCACAUGCCCCUCUCGCAACACUCACAUGCCCCUCUCGCAACACUCACAUUGCCCCUCUCGCAACACUCACAUGCCCCUCUCGCAACACUCACAUGCCCCUCUCGCAACACUCACAUGCCCCUCUCGCAACACUCACAUGCCCCUCUCGCAACACUCACAUGCCCCUCUCGCAACACUCACAUGCCCCUCUCGCAACACUCACAUGCCCCUCUCGCAACACUCACAUGCCCCUCUCGCAACACUCACAUGCCCCUCUCGCAACACUCACAUGCCCCUCUCGCAACACUCACAUGCCCCUCUCGCAACACUCACAUGCCCCUCUCGCAACACUCACAUGCCCUCUCGCAACACUCACAUGCCCCUCUCGCAACACUCACAUGCCCCUCUCGCAACACUCACAUGCCCCUCUCGCAACACUCACAUGCCCCUCUCGCAACACUCACAUGCCCCUCUCGCAACACUCACAUGCCCCUCUCGCAACACUCACAUGCCCCUCUCGCAACACUCACAUGCCCCUCUCGCAACACUCACAUGCCCCUCUCGCAACACUCACAUGCCCCUCUCGCAACACUCACAUGCCCCUCUCGCAACACUCACAUGCCCCUCUCGCAACACUCACAUGCCCCUCUCGCAACACUCACAUGCCCCUCUCGCAACACUCACAUGGCCCACCGUUUCUCCUGCCUUUCGUGCGUCCACCACUGCUUGUAG